ACGUGUAGGUGCCAUGAUCAUGUUCCUCCUCCUCCUCCUCCUCAUCUAUCGGAUACACUAGGAUUUCACAUCUACAUGCAACAGCCAUGCAAUAAAAGCAAAAAUCCUCCGUGCACUGCGGUCUUCCAGCUGCUUCACCACCCGGAGUAUUGAACACCACCAUGCAGGCGUCGGGCACCGGAACAGCUGAUACCAACGCCACUGUAAACGAUAGCAACAGCACUGCAGACGUCGACGACAGUGACGGGGCAGGGGAUAGGAUGGAGAAGACGAUGCCAAGUGAGCAGCAGGACAGGACCUGCUACCAACCGAGACAGCAGACGUCCACAACACCGUCCGGGGUGCUCGAUAAACUGUUUGGGAAACGGCUUCUACAGGCCCGACAAUACAUUAUGUCUCGAACGUCCUGGCUGAAGAUGGUGCCCACCAAAAACUGUGAUAUCUUGAUGACAUUCCCAGAUACGAUAGACGACCACACUCUGCUGUGGCUCCUGAAUCAGAUCCGUGUCGGAGUCCCACAAGUCAGCAUUCAGGUCCGGCAGCAUAAACACACCCAGGCACAUGCCUUCUUCAUCACAACGACAUUUGAGAACUUACUGCGAGGAGCAGAGCAGAUGAGCAUGCACAAGAUGGUCAAACCGCAGUAUGGCGGCGGGCUGCGGCGCUUUUCCUGUGAUGAGGACAACGUCUAUGAGAACAUAGAGAGCGAGCUCUGCUUUUUUACCUCACAGGAGCGUCAGAGCAUCAUUAAGUAUUGGCUGGACAACCUGCGAGCCAAGCAGGGGGAAGCGCUUCACAACAUCAGCUUUCUGGAGGGACAGCCGAUCAUUCCAGAGCUGGUAGCUCGUGGCGUGAUCCAUCAAAUAUUUCCUCUCCAUGAGCAGAGGAUCCUCAACCAGCUGAUGACAUCCUGGGUCCAGGCUGUGUGUGAAAGGCAGCCCCUGGAUGAUAUUUGUGACUACUUUGGAGUGAAGAUUGCCAUGUACUUUGCCUGGCUGGGUUUCUACACCAACUCGAUGCUUUACCCUGCUGUCAUCGGCUUCCUGCUCUGGAUAUUAGCAGAGGAUGACCAGACCAGUCAGGAUAUCUGCUGUGUGGUUUUUGCCCUUUUCAACGUUGUGUGGGCAACGUUGUUUCUGGAGCGCUGGAAGAGACGAGAAGCGGAGCUGGCCUACAGGUGGGGCACCCUGGACACCCCCACUGAGUCCUUGGAAGAGCCCAGGCCACAGUUCAGGGGUGUAAAGCGCUGCAGUCCUAUAACAGGCUGUGAGGAGUUCUACUACCCGCCAUGGAAGCGAGCUGUAUUCAGAUGGCUAGUCAGCCUGCCCGUCUGCCUCCUCUGCCUCUGUUUCGUCUUCCUCGCUAUGCUACUCUGCCUAGAACUGCAGGAAGUGGUGAUGGAGAUCCAGGAGCUACCAGGCAUUACAAGAUUCAUUCCUAAGAUACUUCUGGCCAUUACUGUAACCAUAUGUGAUGAAGUGUAUAAGAAAAUUGCCUGCUGGCUCAAUGACAUGGAGAACUAUAGACUUCAGAGUGCCUAUGAGAAUAAUCUCAUCAUCAAGAUGGUUUUUUUUGAAUUCAUCAAUUCUUACCUUAGCCUUUUCUACAUUGGAUUCUACCUCAAGGACAUGGAGCGACUGAAGGAGCUGUUCUCCUACUCCUCACAGAUGCUCGCUACUUUAUUGAUCUUCCGCCAGUUCCUACAGAAUAUCAAAGAGGUCCUCCAGCCUUAUCUCUAUGAGCAAAACAAGCUGGGUGUCUUCACCCCAAAGGUGCUAUGGGAGCUACUCCAAGCCAUUAUGUUCAAGUAUGGCCGCCUGGCUCUCGGAAAGGCCCAAGCCUCGAUGACUGCUUAUUCCUUACUGGGUCCCAGAGGGAUCCCAGUCAGUGCUAACCCGGAGCCAAAGAGAAGAGGAGAUCUGAAAGCCGGGUUCAGGCUGACAGAAGAAGAGUGGGACAUGAAUGACAGUGCUUUGAAGCAACGUAAAGUCAGUUUCACUGAGAAGGUCGACUACCAGGAUGUGGUGACAGAAAUGCAGGCGGGAGAUGACAGUUUUCUUGAGGAUAGUCCCACACUGAUAGAGGAAGGGAUGGAUGCAUCCAAUAUUUUUGACAGUGGUGAUGAGGACAGCGACUAUGAAUUGCAAACUCAACAGGAGACCAAGGAGAAUGCCGCUGUGUCCUCUCCAAAGGAAUCUAACUCUCUCUGUCAGAGACGAAAGAACAUAGCUGAGGGGAGAGAAGGCAAGAAGUCAUGGAUUGACCCGCCAGAAGAACUCAAAACUGUCACACUGACCCAGGCUGAGAUUGAGAGCUGUAUGCAGACAUAUGAGGACACUCUUCAGGACUACCAGGAGAUGUUCAUUCAGUUUGGCUACGUGGUGCUCUUCUCCUCUGCAUUUCCCCUGGCGGCUAUGUGUGCCCUUAUCAACAACAUUAUCGAGAUCCGUAGUGAUGCCCUGAAGCUCUGUACCGGCCUUCAGAGGCCCUUUGGGCAGAGGGUGGAGAACAUUGGACAGUGGCAGACUGCAAUGGAGGCCAUGGGCUUAAUAGCCAUUAUAGUUAACUGCUACCUGAUUGGUCAGUGUGGGCAGCUCCAGCGUCUGUUCCCCUGGUUGAGUCCUGAGAUGACCAUCAUCUCCAUUGUCUUACUGGAGCACUUUGCGAUCCUCCUUAAGUAUAUCAUCCAUGUUGCUAUCCCUGACAUCCCUGGCUGGGUAGCAGAAGAGAUGGCCAAGCUAGAGUACCGACGAAGGGAAGCUUUCAAGAAGCAUGAGCAGCAAGCGCAGCAACACUUCCAACAGCAGCUCAGACGCCGACGCGAAGAGGAGGAGCUUCAACGUCAGGCCGAGAUGCAGGCUGAGGCCCGUCAGGAAAGCGAGUACCACAAGGCAGACACCCAGCACCAGCAUCAUCACGACAAAGCGCCGGGGGGCAAGCCAGGGGACAAGCCCAAGAGACCCAGUUCUCUGCUGGGAAACAACAAUGUGAUGAAGCUAAAGCAAAUCAUCCCUCUCCAGGGGAAGUUCUCCUCCGGCACCUCACGCUCACCAGCCCAGUCCCCAACAGGAGGUGAGGCAAAGCUCCCUGGAUUUCUGAAAUUCUUGAAGUCACCUGAGGUUAAAAAAGAGCCAGCAGUUGCAGUUGGAGUAACUCUGGGGUCAACAGUGACCUCUUCAGUUCCCCCUAGUGGCCAGGAGAGGUCACAGUCCCCCAACAGGACAUUCAGUCCUGGGAAGCUGUUUAGUUUCAGCAAGUCAGAGGGUACUGUCGUGUGCACAAAUGGGAUACAACAACUGACCCAGGCUGCUAAUGCUCAGCCCAACAGGUCGGACUUAAACACAACCACAGAGGAAUUACCCUCUAAUGAGUCAGAUAAAGGAGAAUUAAGACAAUUGACUGAUUUAGAAAAUUCAAGCUCAAAGAGUUAACCGUUCAACCGUGCCAGUGUAAUAUCAUGAAUGGAGAGCAAAUGUUCACAGCUUUGCACCUGUACUCUAGGAGAACACUUUACUCCCAAGGACCACAUGUUGUGUUGUAGUUUCACUCCUGAUUCAACUCACAUCACACAAUUACACUGUAUGUAACACUUGAUUAUCUUGCUUCUGUGUAAAAAAAUGUACAGUACAUGUAACUGUGAAUGGAGCUUCGGUAACCUUAAGGGUAAAUCAUGAUUGCCUGGUUUUCAGCAGCACCAGAACAGAUUAUGUCGAUGUGAAGGAUCUUAAAAAAAAACAAAAAACAAAAAAGACCUGACCUUCAACAAACCCUUUUGUCAAAAGAUGUGAACAGCAGCUUCCCAUUCCAGGUUUGUUUCUCAUCCUGAUUCCUCUAUUGAAUGCAUGUUGCAUCAUGUGCAUGCAUUACACAUCCAGCAUGUUUCAGUUGUGAAGCACUUUCAAAGCCAUUGUAUUCCUCUGCAAUAGGUCAGAUUAUAUUCACUGUGACCGUGAAAAAUAUUCUAUUUUUCCUAACUUUGAUUUUCUAUGAAUUAUUUUAUUACAUAAAUCAGUGAAUGUACUUCUGAUGCAAAUAAAUCUCACUUGAAUAAACAUCCAUCAACACAGAACACAUUGGCUGAUUUUGUUAACAGCUGAUAAAGGUCAAGGAAUGAUUGUUGCUGGAUUGAUUUGUUUGCUGGAAAUAUGUAUGUAAACUCACUUUCUAAGGCAAUUGUAACACACACACACACAUAUAGAAACACUCACGUGUUAAUUAUAUUUUUGCCAGAAAACCAUUUUCAAUUGAAUUUCUUGCUGUAUCAACAACUGGUACAUGGACCAAGAGC